AUGACAGCGGCAGUUGCAGAAUCAUCGGUGGAUCCGCUGGGGUCCCGAGAAAGAACUCCAGUGACUCUGGCUGUCAGGAAGUCUUUAAAGAGAACACAUGACCUUUUCGUGGGGAACGAGGAGUUGAAGCGAGUGGAGGAUUCUCGGGGUACAGCGGCUUUGCUACGGCUCAAGAUGAAUGACGAGUACCAGCACAUUCGGGACGUACCCGAGCAAGUCACGGACGAGACUGUGACAGCUCUCCCGUUCCUGCGGGCGGGGACCGACGAUGCCACCCAGGAGGCGUUACCAUCGGCGAUUACACAAAUGAUCACGGAUGGUGAGGAAAAAUCCGGGCACGGCCCAGCAGUGGGGCCAGUUGUGCCUAUAGCGCCGAAGGCUCCUGUGGACCCAUCCACGCAGAUACAGGUAAGGCCUCUGCGCGAACGUCCAGAGAUUCCGAAGCCCGUAUGGCAUCCUCCGUGGAAGCUGAUGAGAGUGAUGUCUGGCCAUGAGGGCUGGGUGCGAACUGUCGCUGUGGAUCCGACAAAUGAAUGGUUCGCAUCCUCUGGCAAUGAUCGCCUCAUAAAGAUCUGGGACCUGGCUAGCGGCACGUUGAAGCUGUCCCUGACUGGGCACGUCAGCACGGUCCGAGCCGUGGCGAUUUCGGACAGGCAUCCCUACCUCUUCAGCGCGUCCGAAGACUGUGAGGUGAAGUGCUGGGACCUAGAGCAGAACAUGGUAAUUCGCAAUUACCAUGGACACCUCAGUGGUGUGUACUGCCUCGUUUUGCAUCCCACCCUGAACAUCCUCGCAACAGGUGGACGUGAUGGCUCAGUCCGUGUGUGGGACAUGCGCACCAAGACCGGGAUUUUUGUUUUCACCGGCCAUACCAACGCCAUUUGCUCGUUGACCUCGCAGGCUGCCGAGCCCCAAUUUAUCAGCGGUUCCAUGGACAGAAUGGUUCGACUUUGGGAUCUGGCCGCCGGUAAGUGCUCCGUCACUUUGACCAACCACAAGAAGAGCAUACGAGCCUUGGCGAUCCAUCCUCUAGAGUACACCUUUGUGUCGUGCUCAUCUGAUAACAACAAGGUAUGGAAGUGUCCCAAGGGCGCUUUUGAGCGCAACAUUCAGGGCCACAAUGCUAUCGUGAAUAGCUGCACAAUUCGAGAAGGGCAGCAGGGCUCAUCGCAGCUGAUUGCUGGAACAGACAAUGGCUAUCUCCAUUUUUGGGAUUGGAGAAGCGGCCACAAGUUCCAAAGCUUGGAGGCCAUACCUCAACCCGGCAGCAUGAGUGCGGAAAAUGCUAUUUUCGACAUGGCGCUGGACCAGAGUGGCAGUCGCUUGCUGACGGCGGAAUGCGACAAGACCGUCAAGAUUUACAGAGAGGACCCGAAUGCGACUCCAGAAACGCAUCCGCUCAAUUGGAAGGCAGGAAUACCAUGA